AUAGGCAGAGAGGAGCCAGUGACGACGGAAGCCCGGAGAGAGGCGGGUGGUCAGGGACGUGUAGAACCGAACCAUGCGAGGCUAACCCACGUCUCACCCGGCUCCGAGGCACGUUCAGUACCGCUGCUCCUCACCACGGUGUGGGUUUGAUUCCCGAACAGGAUGGAGGACGACUGUGUGUGUGAGUACGACUCGACCUGGGACACGGAGAGCGACGGGGACGAGCCGGCUGCGGAGAGCCAGAGCCGCCGCUCCAGUCAGGACAAGAACAAAACCAGCUGGACCCUGUGGCACCACACGCCCAGAAAUACGAGGGCAGCAAAGGACAUGCAGACGUACAGGAGAGGAUACCCAAAUCUCACAGAUGACGAGUGCUCAGAAGACAAAAUGAACAAUUUGCAGUUUUAUCUGAAUAAAUUUCCCUCCUCCCCUGAUGAUGUCUACAUAGAGUCAUUUCAUAAGGAAUGGAAAAAUGACUACAAAAGACUGGAGAGAGUUCACUCCUACAUUCAGUGGUUGUUUCCACUGCGAGAACCGGGGGUUAAUUACAUGGCUUCAGAACUCACCAAGAAGGAAAUUGAGGCCUUUAAGAAGAAUGAGGAAGCCAAAAUGAGACUAGUCGAGUCCUAUGAACUUAUGUUGGGCUUCUAUGGCAUCCGUUUGUUCAACAAUGAGACUGGUGAGCUGAAACGUGCCGAAAAUUGGAAAGAUCGCUUUGGAAACCUGGAGCGGAAUAUGCACAACAACCUGCGCAUCACUCGCAUCCUGAAGAGCCUCGGGGAGCUGGGAUUCGAGCACUACCAGGCCCCACUUGUCCGCUUCUUUCUGGAAGAGACUCUGGUCAAGAAGACCCUCAGUAGUGUCAAACGCAGCGUACUUGACUAUUUCCUGUUUGCUGUGUUGGACAAGCUGAAACGUCAGGAGCUUUUGCGCUUCGCCUACCUUCACUUUGAGCCAAAGGAUAAGUUUGUGUGGUGUCCCAGGAAGAUUCAGAAACAGUUCAGGAAGACAGACAAAAGACCCGAUGCCAUCGGAAAUGGAGACGGAAAGGAUGAAGCGUUUUCACGGAGUAAAAGCAAAGACGGGGAAGCAGGUGUGCAACCGAAAGAGGAAGGAGUGGAUAACAUAACAAAGAAUCAGAAAGGAAGCGAUAAAACAGAAAGUAUAGACAAAGACAAACUGUCAGAUGCAUCGGCUGAGCCAGAGCCAGAACCAGAAUCAGAACCUGAGACUGUGGCAAAUGGAAACACGGAGGUUGAGUUUACGAAAGAAAGUCAGGGGAAUGGAAAUGACUCUGAUGAUGAAAUGGAACAGUCGCUCAGUCACGACACUGUGGCAGCAACAAGUGAGCCCAGUGCCAACAGUGAGAACAAACUAACCAACAACUCAGACGAUACCGUCCAGGAACCCGACAACAGUAUGCAGACAGACGGGGACAGCGACGCAAACAAAACACCGAAGAAGAAGAGGGAAGAUGACAAGGUGCUGCCAAGCAACGGCUCGGCCGGGGACCCCACCUGUGUGCAAAUGGAGGAAAAAACUGGUGCAACUAAAGCCACUGGUCAAACGAGCCCGGCAGCGCAAACCCCUCUAAAGACUUCGAAACACUCUCCCACUCUUUCAUCUGGAAGGGAGGAAAAAAUCCCAAGGACUGAAUUUAAUGAAGUGCCAGAUAAAAAAAAAGAAGAAGAAGAGGAGGACAUGUCACAGGAAAAUGUGUCGGCAACAAAUGGGUCACAGAUGAGCAUCGGCAAACCUGAGGAUGAGUAGAGAAAUGGGACUUUGAUUCAGCAUCAAAUCCCUCGAGCUCAGACCAAAACUAUGGGACUUCAAGACUAAACCGGAUGAUUGAUUUGACUUUAAAUGAAACAUAAUCAUGGGACAGAGAACUGAGAAGUCUCUCUGAGCCUUAUUUCUACUGUAUUUAAUGUUGAGAUAUUGAUUCUUUUCACUUUGAAGGAGUAUAUGGAUUUAUUCAUUCACCAAAUGUGGGACUGGAUUUGACUCAGUUUCUACAUGUCCAUCAGAUACUAAAGAAUAAGUCUGGUGAUAUUAUAUAUUUCAUUUUUUUUGUUUAGCAAAUCCCACGAAAAGACCAAAAGUGAUGAGUUAGUUUAUCUGUUAUUUAACUUUUGUUCCUAGCUCCAAGCCCAUGUGAUCCUAAGAAAGACAUAAUCCUUUAAAAACUGGUCAGACAUAAAGUAUGUAAGUUUUGAUUUUAAAGGGCUACAUAUAGUUUUUGCAAGUGUUACUCAAACAGGAGUAAAUAGAGUUUUUGCUGGGGGAUGUUUCCAGUGUUGGUGAUUGUACAGCAGCUCAGUGGUGUACGUGGAUUUAUUGUAAUGAAAGUGUCACCGUGGCUUCAUUUAUGUGCCGUGGACACUGAGACAACAGAAUACGUUUGUGCGAUGGAUAAGUUCAUGGUUGUUUUUGGUCUUUUCAUGGGAUUUCUGUACAAUGAGAACAUUACCAGAUUUCUCCUUUAAGGCAGUAACGGCUGAGACUGUCAGCCACUGAUAUGAAAUAUCUAUAGAAUACAUAAAGCACUAUUAAUGUAUGUCAAAGAAAUGAUUUCAGAUUUUCUAACAACUAAAUACUUUCACAAUGCUGUUUGGUUUUUUUUGCACUGAGGAAUAAUUGGAAGAGGUUUUUUUUUUGUUGAUGAAAAACAUCUUGUUCUGGACCCCGCUGUUAAAAUGCAUUUAAGAUUGAAUGUUGCACGUUUGUGCGUUUUCACGCAGAUCCGGGGAAGUAGAAUUUUGAUCACCUGCCAAAAAACAAUGAGAGACUGGUUGAUUGUACGAUACGUGUGUUAUCGGCAGAACUGAAAAAGCUUUGUCUAUAAUUUAAAGUUGGCUGUAUGUUCGUUUGAGACUGUUGAUAUUUACGAGCCAGAGUUGGUUAUAUUGAUGCAUCUUUUUUAUAUUUGCACUUAAUUUUGAAAUAUUAAUUGUUGAAGUUAUGAUAUUUACAUAUUGAAAUGGUAAUAACUUUACAGAAGUACUGAUUCCUUUAUAAAUGAUCCCUUUUUUUUUUCUUUUCUUCUGAAGUAAACACCUGGCUGUUGACAAAGCAGAAUAAAGUUAUACUAUUUUCUGA